AUGAUGAUGUGGUAUGGAAAAGUCAUUCUUAUGUAAGACUGUUUUCAUAUUUCAAGAUCUCUCACUGGAUCCAUAAAGUCUAUCUAUCACAUGCGUAUUUGUUUUUGUUUUUUUUGGAUGUCUCGGUGCAACGUGAGAUGUCAAACUCAUUUCCAUACAUUAUUUUUUACCAAACUGAACACGUUGGCGAUAUUCUACUUUCCGUUGAAAGUUCAGAAACAACCUUAAAUGCACGGGAAGCUUGACUGGUCAACUUCAUUUGACCCUUGAACUUUUGCAUGCAUGACAGCUGAUGACUAGAACAAAAAUGACGCUAGCCUAGAAGCUAGCCGUGAAACAAUUUUAGCCACUUGAGAAAACAUCGAUUUCUUAACUACGUAGCAGUGCGUCCGGACAAAACAACACGCAAGACGUGUCCGCCCCAAACAUCCGUACGUCCGUUUUCUGUUCCGCUUCCAACCGUUCACCGUCGCAUUCACGCCAUCGCUGAGUGAACCCGCGCUGCCUGCACACAAGUCAAGGAAGGUGGACGGACCAGUGGCCCAAGCAAGAGUAGAUUCAUUCCUGACAGCACUACCUCAGAUUCACCACUAGUUGGCAAUAUUGCUCCACAAACACCUGUGACUUCCUCCGCUUUCUCUUGUCUGUUGUCAGGCAGCUUAGAAGGGAGAGUCGUUUUACUCUAUUUAUGUUGUAUUGCGUUUUAACACGCAGUUGUGGAUUUUUCUUUCGGUGUUUACAAUGUAAAAAUCACACAUUUACGUUGACAGUUUGCGCAAGUGGAUUUACUUUGCCCCGCCUGUCGCCCGAAAGCAGCUGGAAGUGGCUUCAGCUCACCAGGGGGAAGACAAUGUCUUGAAUUUCGUCAACAAGCGCAAGGGGUUGCAUCGAGUUGGACUUUUGAGGUUCCAAAUGCAGCGGCACGGAACCUACAAACGGAGUGAAAUACUCCAGCGUUUCCCAACAAGAACGGAAUGAGAAAGAACACACUCUUUCUUCUCAAUAAUGAGUUCUGCCGCAAUAAAUCUGAAGAAUUUGUUGUUCCCUGUUGCUCUUGGUCGAAUUCACAAAUGUGUCACAUUGCGAUGAUGUCACGCGAUUACACCACUCGCCUCUCACCAUCCUGCCUGCGGACCACGUGGUGGUAACACAAGCCAAGUCAGGGUUCGGCGGCCCAAACCAUACUGAAAUGAUAUGUCCCACUUAAUGGAAACAGCUUCGACGCCCCCCACCCCCCAAAAAAGCCACAAUGCGCAGACUGCAGACAGUGCAAAAGAUUCGCCACCCCUAAACCCUCGUACGCAGGGUCGCGCACAAAAUAAGCAGCACUUGCCGAGGAUUGGAUGAGCGGAGCCGGUGUGAUUUUUCCAGCGCUGGUGUUGACAUUACUACUGGCCCAAUUUGUUCUGAAAUCCAACAUUCUCUGCCUAGCACGAGGCAGCGCUUGGUGGUUUUGCUGGUUAUUAGGAAACUUGUAAUUCCAGCUCCCGAAUCCCCUGGUAAAACAUGCCGUGUUAUUUGCUGACACGAUUGUUGGUCAAACCGCAAGCUGCGCGGAGGCUCGUAUGCCUCAUGAAGAAAAUAUGAGAUCAUGCUGAACUGCUCGACAGCAGGCAAAAUCUAAUAAGCACCUUUGCCACGCAAUACUUUGCAUAUCUUGGGCUGCUCCCACCGCCGCCGCCGCUCAGCGAGGGUUCCCUCAGAGUCGCGAUUGGACGGUGGGAGGACCAAUGGGCAGGAGUGAAACAGGUUAUUUGAACUCUCCAAAGUGCUGCUCGACAAAACCGGAGAACAUCCACUGACUUUUCAAACAAGUUUCCGCUCCCCAACCGUGCCUGACGUGCUGGCUUCGCCUUCAGAGAAAAGACCACGGACUAUUUCUUUUUUUCCUUUUUUUUUUUUUUUUUUGGUUCGACUUCAACUUUUGUCCGGGAUGGGAGCCGACCGCAACUAUUUAUUUCUGUAAAAAAAAAAAAAAAAAAAGAAACUGCCGAUGCACCUGUUGACUCGGGACCAAUCUGCUCGCUUGAGAAUGAACGCAGGUGCCGGGAUGGCAUCUCAUCCUCUUCUUCAUUUGGAGGAGGAACAGAGGAGUAGACUGAGCUGCGUAGUUCACGCCAGCUUAGCAAGCGCUCAGAAUGCAGAACUGCUGCAAUACAAGGAGACCACCACUCACGACAGCUCCUCCAUCAAGUACAGGAGAUAUGGAUCUCGCUUGGGUGGGGUCAAAGUUCGCCACAAGAGACAGGUGCUGCAGGACAUGGCCCGGCCGCUCAAACAUUGGCUGUACAAACAUCGGGACAACCCGUACCCCACCAAGACAGAGAAGGUUCUGUUAGCUCUGGGCUCCCAUAUGACUCUGGUACAGGUGUCAAACUGGUUUGCAAACGCCCGACGGAGGCUGAAGAACACGGUUCGGCAGCCAGACCUGAGCUGGGCCUUGAGGAUCAAACUGUACAACAAAUACAUCCAGGGAAAUGCAGAGAGACUGAGCGUAUGCAGUGAUGACACCGACUCGGAUGACAUGGGGAGGUCCUCGUCCCACAUACGUGCCAUAAAGAACCAGGGCGGCGUACUCACCAUGGCGGACCCCGCCAACAGUGAUGACAGCGCCUCGCCUCCGUCAAAGUACAAGAGCAGCUUGCUGAAUCGUUACCUGAAUGACACCCUGCGGCACAUGAUGGCGGGGGGCAAGGCGGACGGCGUCGCCCUCAAAAGGAGGAGCCACUCCGAGUCCUUCAGUUCAAACGAGUGCGACCGAGACGCCGUGUCCCCGGCGUCCUCCUCCGACACGGAGACCAACUUCAUCUACCAAAUGGAUGCUUUGGACUAUACAUCAUCUAAAUCCAACAGCGGUCAGCCUCCGGAAAGAGGUCAACAGAGUCAAAGCAACCAAGGCUGGCGAGAGCUCAACGCCGCCGUGGCCCUCACCAGUCUGGCCCACGGGCAGAGCUGUCGGAACAACGCGACGGCGCUCGGCAGCGCCGCGGGGCGCGGCUGCCACAGGGAGCCGCUGUGCAUCGCGAGGACCAACAUCCCUCGCAGGACGCCCAUCGCGGCGCCCGCCUCGGCCCUGAGGCAGAGCUGCGCUUCUGAGCGCUGCGCUCUCACCAGCCGCAUCAUCCAGAAGUCAUCCCACAUUUCCGAAGUGCAGACUAUCAAAGUGGGCCUGGCUAACAGCGCGUAGGAAUUCCACAUCAACGUGCGCGAGAACACAGCAUGCCUCAACUCUGAGAUUUCUUCUUUGCAAUGACGAAACUGUUUGUGUGUGUGUGUGUGUGUGUGUGUGUGUGUGUGUGUGUGUGUGUUGUGUGUGUGUGUGUGUGUGUGUGUGUGUGUGUGUGCAUACUGUAUUCUUCUAUGAUGCAUUUGUGCCCUUUUUUUAAUUACAAUGUUGCUCAUGUAUUUCUAUUGUGUAAGUUAACUUCUUGGAGACUGGAUCAUCAUCCAAUGCGCUUAACUUGACAGCAGCUUUUCAAUAAAGUUAACGUGAAGUCUCUUCA